CGCUUGAGGUUACAGAAAGAUGUCAAGAAUCGUUUCAUCGAAUUCUGCAGAUAGAAAGAAAAAAAGUCGAAAUUUAUUAAAACUCAUAUUGGAUCGUAGAGUACAUGGCUGUAGCCCUAUCAAAGGUACAAAUACCAUAUUGAGAAGACUUGUUGAAUGUACACAGUCAAGAAAAUUCAUCAAUGUAUAUGAAAAGUCCCACAAAUCUCCCAUGGUCUGUCAUGGAACUAGAUUGUAUUUUGAUUCCUUUGCCAAAUGUGCCGAUUUGAAUAGCGUUAGUUGUAGCCAAACACCCAGAAUGAUGUAUUCUAUUGAUAAAUCUUUGACUGGUACUGGUGCUGUUGGUGGUCCGACCAGCCAUGGUAAAAUUGAAGAUAUGAUUGAAUGCGAAUAUCCAUUUGAUGAAGACACAUUUUGCAAAAUCAAAGGAAGUUUUUAUGCAAAACGUCCGUACACAAUUGCUUUAACUUCAAAAAAUUAUUUGGAGAUUCAUGAUUUUGUUACUGGUGAAAGAUUGGAAGAAUGGUACUUGGGGUCAUUAACAAAAUUCAAAUAUCUGGGCUGGGAGAAAGAAUUGGAAAGGAUUGCAGUGCAGUCCACGCAUUUGUCACAAAACUCUACCCAGUUGCAAGCUGACAAUGUGUUUGUGUACAUUGCUAUCUUUAAAGUCACGCCAUUGGAAUUUGUUUGUAUAUUACCAAUCAGCCAAAGAGUAUUUGGUCGAUCCAUUACUUCCGUAACGGUUGCUCAUGGAUUGUUGACUGUCAGGCAUCAUAAAAACUUUGAACUUUUUAGUCUAGAAAAUAUUAUUAGGAAUCAUAUCACACCUCUAAAACUUGGUGAAAAAAUAAAGUCAACAGAUGGAUGCUGGAAACAUAAAAGUCUUAGCAAUGGUAUAAUUGGAAGUCCUCAAUUUGGCAUACCUGUUAAUGUAAAUCUAACAGAAAAACCUGAAGUUCUUUUUCAUGUAAGCGUCAAUGACUGGGUCAGUUUUGGUGGCUAUCCUUGGCAUUAUAUUAUCAAUGAUGAACAGACAUUUUCUGUACGGUCAGUGAAAAAUCACAUUCCAGCUAUAAAUGGAACCUUUAAAUAUGAUGAAAUAAGUUCAUUUGGUACGACAAGAGCUGUUUUUCAUUCAGAUUGCAGUGGAAGGAUAUUUUACAUAACACCAUCAUAUAUACGUUGCUUCAAGUUAAAUGGCUGUAAUUCUCAACGCAAAGCAAGCUCGUUAUCCGAGGAAUUUGUGUUAGAUUAUCGACCAAAGGUUGAGAUACAAAGUACCAAUAUACAGACACGUUACGGUCGAACUAUAAAGCAGUUGUAUCCAAAAAAAGAAUUUUCCAAAGGAUUAGAAAUAGUGCUAGAUGUGGACUAUGAUGAUGAACUUGAUGUCUUUGCUGUAUUGUAUCUAAACACUGAGGAAAAUGGUCAGGGUUUUGUCUCAUUUUAUGAUAACCAGAGCAGUCAGCAUUUAAGAAGUGUGAAAAUCAACGACAUAUAUGAAGAAUGUGUUUAUUCACUUUCAAUUGAAAGAGAAACUAUUGUGAUUUUGUCGAAAAUAUUUAAUCUUCACAAAUGUUCAGUGUACAAGAUAAUAUGUAGCGAAUCCCCCCCCCCCUGGUUAUAGUUUAAUUACUUCCUAAAAUUCGUAGAAUUUUGACAUGAACCUAAAGAAAAAGAAAAGUGCAAUGGAUAUAAGGAUUAAAGUGUUUCUAUCGAAAGGAAGACGAAA